AUGGAUGAUGAACCCGAAGUGACCCAUGAAGACGGUGGCCGUGGGCCUUCGGCUGGUGGUCGCCCCCGGGGCCCUGUCACCGGCGGGUGGGGCUUUGACGAUGGCGGCACCAGCAGCACAGGACCACGGAUGAGCGCCGAGCCGCCCUCGCCGCCGGCGCGCAAGGGUCAUUUCGAGGAGGAUGAUGAUGCAGUUCCAACGAUCCCAGAUCUGGAGGAAGAAGCAGAGGAAGACAUCACCAGGCAGGUGGCAGCCCCGCCAGUGGCUGCGCCUUCCUUGGCGCCGCCCGUGCGCACGGUCCGGGAGCUGGAGGGCGCCCUAAACAGCCGUGGCACGCUGCCGGCCAGUCCCGAAGAGGGAGUGGACUUGGCGCCAUUGAUGCAAUGCUUGUGCUCUGAUCGCCAGGUGUUUGAACAAGACAGCACCUGGGACCAUGAGCUGAUCUUCCAGGAAGUCGCGAGUGCCAUCAACCAAGACAUGCUGGGCGACGGAGAGGGCAUCGAAAGCGAAGAGAUGGACAAUAUGCAGAGGCUGCCGCGAAAAGCCGCGUUGACCCGUGUGCCCCGGAAUGCCACGAUGUCUGGUCAGUCUGAUGAUCACGAGCAUGUGGACCGCAGCUACGAACGGGAGACCCUUUCGUGGUCAGAGUUCAAAAGCGGAAGAGUUGCCUUGUCCACUGCCUCAGAUGUAGUGAUCGUGGACCGUGCCAAGUAUGCUGGCAACAUCGGCUCAAUCUUGAGACACAUGCCAAUUCUGGGUGGGGCGCAGGUGCUAUUUCUGGCAAAUAGUUCAUACAGACUCCCUUCACCCUACCCGGUUUACACCCGAGGUUUCCUGAAGGAAGUGAUGAGAGUAUCUAUGGCUCGAAACUACGAGGACUUUGGAAGCAAGCUAUGUGUCCUGGAAGGGGAUGGAAAAGAAGAGCUGAUUGACCUGCUCCAGCGAUUGAAAGCCUUGGGCUUCAAGCUGCUGCUUCUGGAAAAUCGAGAAGUCUUCCAGGAUCCUCGGCUGGUCGGAUGCACAGCUGAAUCGAUCUUCCAGCAUCCCCUGAUGCUUGGGAUGGAUCAGCAGCUUCAGACGUUUUGAUUGAAGGCCAACAGAAAGAUGGCCGCAAUGAAAGAUAUGCAUGGACGUUGCAUGGACACAUCCAUAUCAGUGUUCUUUGUGUGUUUUUUUCCUUAGUGUUUUUUGCUCACGCAGCCAGAUGUCAGGUUGGUGAGUCUACACUUGCCGACACCAUUGUCAUGUCAAGCAUUUUUCAGGGUUCACGUUCUGAAGGUCUGCCAGACCAACCACAAGAGGUAUCCAACAGGAUGGAAGACCUCGGUGCCGAGGAUGGAAGACCUCGGUGCGCCUUUAGCCUUCAUUUUUGGUGGGGAGGUUGGACAGCUGCUGCCGGAGGUCUUGCUGUAUUGUGAUGCUGGGGCCUUUAUCCCUAGCUCGGUUGGGGAGGGAGAAGCAGCCCACCGGACCCACGAGCAUGGCCACGAACCAACCGCAGAUGCGGUCGAUGUGCAUCCACUUCCGCGCUUGCGGACGCACUCGUGCAACGUGAGCGUGGCGGCGUGCGUUGUUUUGAGCGAACGCUUCCGGUGGCGCUACCGGAAUGAUUCUGCAA